CGCGAGGAGCUGAGAAAGACGAAGGGAACCGAAAAUGGCUCCUCGCGACCGGGGUAGUCCUUCAAGUCUGGUGAGCUGGGCUGCGGCCCUGCUCCUCGCUCUGGGCGUGGAAGGGGGUAUGGCGCUACCCGAGAUAUGCAUCCAGUGUCCAGGGAGUGUGCAAAAUUUGUCAGAAAUGGCCCUUUAUUGUAAGCAGACACCAGGGCUAGUGCUGCACGCGCGCUGCUGCCUGAAUCAGAAGGGCACCAUCCUGGGGCUGGAUCUCCAGAACUGUUCUCUGAAGGACCCUGGUCCGCACUUUCCUCAGGCACAUACUGCUAUCAUCAUAGACCUGCAAGCAAAUCCCCUCAAGGAUGACUUGGCCAGCACCUUCCGUGGCUUUACACAGCUCCACACUCUGAUACUGCCACAGGAUGUCAGCUGUCCUGGAGGUAUUAAUGCUUGGGAUACUGUCACCUUUUAUACAAACAACCAAACCUGCCAAGGACAAAGAAACCUUUGCAACAGCACUGGGGACCCAGAAAUGUGUCCUGAGAAUGGAUCUUGUGUGUCUGAUGGUCCAGGUCUUUUGCAGUGUGUUUGUGCUGAUGGCUUCCAUGGUUACAAGUGUAUGCGCCAGGGCUCGUUCUCCUUGCUUAUGUUCUUUGGGAUUCUGGGAUCCACCACGUUAUCCAUCUCCAUCCUGCUUUGGGGGACCCAACGCCGAAAAGCCAAGGCAUCAUGAACCACAUAGAUGUUCCUACUGACCUAAAGAUCGUCCUGAUCUAUCUUAGCCCAGCCAGGGAGAUGCCUCCUAGACGGGCAUUGUCGGCCAGCGAAUCCUCCUCAAGGCUGAGGCCGUCGUUGGAAGAAAGAUGGAAAACAGCACAACGCUGGUGUGCCAUACAUACUCCGGUCCAGGAGUGGACUAGUACCAGUUCCCAUUUGUGCUGUUGACUGUAAUAAAAACGUUUUUUUCUUU